GCGCGUCCUUGUUAAGUGGAGGCGUGACCAAUGCUGAGUGCGGCGCUGGUGCUGAUACGCCGCGGCCCCAGGGGAGGAGGACCAUGAGUGGGCAGGGGAGGGGGUGGCAGGGGCGGCAGGAAACACGGAGGCCCACACAAUGGCCGCUGGACACGCCUGUCUCUCCCGCCCAAGACAAUGUGCAGGAGCCGCGGGUCGGGGCGCUGCGCGGGUCAGGCACGGCUCGGCACUGCACGGGGGUGGGGGGAGGAGGUCAUGCACGCCGCGGUACGGGUCACUGCAUGGGAAGGAAGGUUCGUGCGUGCUCCCACCAGGCAGCCAGGGCCCAGGGGAGGUCAGGGAAGAGUCUCCUUCACGCCCCUCACAGGCAUCGGUGCUUGGGGAAGGGAGCCCCUGCACGAUCCCGUCAGUUAUGCACGGCCGCCGGGGCAUGGCAUGGGAAGAGAGGCUGCUGCACGCCCUCACAGGCACAGGCAGGUCCCCAGCCUGCAGGCGUGCACACCAGUAAGGAUAGUGAGGGGUGAGGAAAGGCGGCAGAUGGUCCACAAUAGUUCUGCCAGAGCUCCCUUGUGUAGGACAGACUGGUCCCUGGCAUUCCCUCACGUCCUGUUUCUCCUUGCGUGUCUGUGGGGCCGCCGGGCUGUGCAUGGAGGGAGGCUUCAGGGCGGCCUGGCCAGGAAACAUCUCGCAGGAGGCCCAGCGUCGCCUGCGGCCCUGGUGGCGGGGCGUCCCUCGCGGCGCGCCGAGGUGCGCCCCUAAACACGUGCACCUGGCCGCCCAGCCCCGAGCAGCGCCGGCGCCCCGCCUGCGUUAUGGCGCCCCGCUCAGGACCCCUCGGCAGGCCAGUGACAGCGAGAGGCCUCCUCGGCGACCCUCGGGGCGUCGCCUCCGCCACCUGGGGCCAGGCGGCCGCGGGGGUCGUAACAAUGUCGUGUAGACAAUAGUUUAUCUUUUAUCGGGUCCGGGGCGAGGCUCACGGCUCAAUAUGGAGGGAGUGUUGACAGCGCCCCGCCCACAGACAGCGUGGCGGCCAGUCAGGGCGCGGUGGGCGGCGAGGGCCGGGCCGCGGCGGCGGGCGGAGCGGCGGCUGGCCGGCGGGCGGCGGGGGGCGGGGCUCGGGCCGCGGCGGGGCGGGCGGUACAUGAAGGUUACACUGGCGCCGCCGCCGCACAGUUACAGCUACGCCGCACGGGCAGAGUAACGCGCCGUGACGCACUGGCCGGGCCGCGCACUAUGGACCACAGCGAUCCCUGGCGCCGACAGUGUGUGUGAUGGCGUGAGGCGCCGCGCCCCGGACCCGCGCCUGCACAGUGCCGAGGAUGCUCAGUGUGGACCUGUGGGACGCCUGCUCCGCCAUGGCCCGCACGCCGCUCAAACACGCCUUUUCCAUCAACUCUAUCCUGCCCGAGACGGCGCUGGACAGCCCCAGCGAGCUGCCGCGCGACGUGCCCACGCCCAAGGACGAGCUGCUCGUGCACGACGUGGAAAUGACGACGGCAGACGACGACGACGACGAGGAGGAAGUGGAGGAGGACGUGGACAUCGACGUGACGAGCGCGGUGAGUCCCGGAGUGAUGUCCGACUCGGAGGUGGAGGACCAACACGACAAGGACGACAAGGAGGCCAAGAAGGAGGAGGGCGCGGAUAAGAAGGGCGGCGAGGAGAAGAAGAAGCACGAGAAGCCGCCCUUCAGCUACAACGCCCUCAUCAUGAUGGCCAUCCGCUCCUCACCCGAGAAGCGGCUCACGCUGAACGGCAUCUACGAGUUCAUCAUGAAGAACUUCCCGUACUACCGCGAGAACAAGCAGGGCUGGCAGAACUCCAUCCGCCACAACCUGAGCCUCAACAAGUGCUUCGUCAAGGUGCCGCGGCACUACGACGACCCCGGCAAAGGCAACUACUGGAUGCUCGACCCCUCGGCGGACGACGUCUUCAUCGGCGGCACCACCGGCAAGCUGCGCCGCCGCUCCACCGCCGCCUCCAGGAACAGGCUCGCCGCCUUCAAGCAGUCGCUGCUCGGCAGGUUCGGAUGCUACCCGCCCUUCGCCCUCACGCCCUAUGCUGCGGCGGCUGCGGCGGCAGGGCUCGGGGGUGCCCUGGCGCCAGGCACGCUGUCCGCCUCCUUGCCAGGCACCCUGCCCGGGGCCCUGGCCACCGCCCCCCUCUACCAGCAGGCCAGCGCCGCCGCCGCUGCCGCCGCCGCCCUCUACAGAGGCUAUUCCCCUUCCUGUUACUCUGGGCCGCUGCCUACUGGCCCCGCGCCGCUGACGGGCCCCGCGCCGCCCUCGGGCCUGCCCAAGCCCACGGCCCUCACGCCGGGCAUCUCGCACCCGCCCAUCACCUCCUUCAGCGUGGACCGCCUCCUGGCGGAUACGCCCAUCAGCGCGCCGCCGUCCUCCUCCUCCCUGGCGGGCCACUCCCCGCUCCUGCUGGGGGGCCUCGGCGGGGCGUCUGCCAUGUCCCCGUACGACGUGUACCGCAGCUCCCUGCUGUCCCAGGCCGGCCUGGGCCACACCCUCGGGGGAGUGGGCGCCAACCUGGCCUCGGGGCUCUCCGGGAUGGGGGUCAGCAUGGUGGGCCUCGGGGGCGCGAACCCCACGCAGCCAGGCCCCGGCGUGACGCCCGUCGUCAGCAGCAGCAGCGAGGGAGCGGCGGCGGCGGGCCGGGGCACGGUGUUCAAGCCGGUGACGGUGGUGGCGCGGCCCAGCUAGUGCUGCCGCCCGCCGCCGCCGCCGCCGCCACCCUGUAUAUAUUGUAUGUAUGUGACCUGUUUUGUACAGUCCCUGCGUGAGCCACAAUGGUGUACAGCACGUGUGUACAGCAGUAACUUAUCUCAAUAAUAACGACAUGUACAGA